UUAGACAAGAGUUCGUUUACGGCGUAAACGCAGUCCGUGAUCGUCCGUGACUCGAUUGCUUUACUCUAGUUGCUUUUCAGAUGAUUUUUCUGAGUUCUAUUACUUUAUCCUGAAGCAGGGCCCGGACCCUAACGAUACUGCUCCCUAUCUCGUGAAGUGACAUUUCUAUUUCUCCCCUGAUUAAGCCUACUUUCUAUCAAUUUGAACACAAUGGCAGAUGACGAAUUGGAGGCAAUCAGAAGGCAACGCUUAGCUGAACUGCAGUCAAAACAUGGGGGUCCAUCUUGGAACCAAAUGAAUCUAGGGGACUCUUCAAAUGACCAGCAAGGCCAGCAGGAGGCCAAACAGAGGGAAACGGAAAUGAGGAACUCCAUACUGGCUCAGGUUCUAGACCAGUCGGCUCGUGCCAGAUUGAGUAACCUGGCUCUGGUGAAGCCAGAGAAGGCCAAAGCAGUGGAGAAUUACCUCAUACAGAUGGCCCGCAUGGGUCAGUUGGGUGGAAAGAUUUCAGAGACUGGUUUGAUCGACAUUCUAGAAAAAGUUAGUCAGCAGACGGAAAAAAAGACAACUGUCAAGUUCAACCGACGAAAGGUGAUGGACUCAGAUGAUGAGGAUGACGACUGACUCAUUGAACGGAUCCCAGGAGUCAGUUGGACAACUAGCUGAGGGCAGGAUUCAGGACAUGAUAUGUUGAAGAAGGGGUUUGUUAGUUGGUGGAAAUCCUUGAACUGCCAAAUCCCGAGUUAGUGAUGCACAUUGGGAUACCACAUUAGGCCCUGUGUGGAUCUGGAACUCAUUACCAUAUUCUUUGUUUAUUUCUGUUUUCACCAAGGUUUCCAUUUUUUGCCACCACAAGAAGCAGAACAAAAUGUGGCAUAGGCUCUCUUGCUGCUGAUUCAUUUUUCAAGAGACUGCUUUGUGAAUACUGUAUUUAUUACUGUAUGAAUCUGGUCAAACCAUCAACCCGGACAGAGCACAUUGCUAUAUUUAUCCUCUCUUGUAAUGAAUUUCCAACUGUUUACAUAAAAAAAAAAAAAAAAAAAUUGAAAGCCUUAAUUUGAACACUUAUUCCACACAAUCAGCGUAGUUGCAUCUUGAUUUUUUUGACAGUGCUUGAGACUGAUGGAGGGGUCACAGUUUUGUACUUAAUUUGCGCUCAAAAAACCAAAAUCACAUGAGAGCAUAGAUGUAAGAAUAAAGCCUUAAAUGUAA